AUGUUGACUCUGAACAACUACAACAUCGGCUUCCUAACUCAUAUUAUAAUCGAAUCUCCGGCCGCCUUCAACUUCUUCGUCUUUCCCAGCAAACAACUCGGGACUCACACUCCUCAUGCUCACGCAGUCAUCCGGCAAUAUGCCGUUCUAAUAUUAACCUCCAACCUAGUAGCACUGAGCUUCGUCUGCCGGCCGAUGGAUGAGCUAUCCGGAAAGAUUGCUGGUGCAUUAGCUCUCUAUCACAUUGCUCCCUCAGUACGAUCCAUCAUCCGGCUCAAAAGGCAAGCACGCGAGGGCAGGACGUUGAUGCCCUCGGAGGCAUUUCUCUAUCUAGUCGUACAUGCGAUAUGCGGUGCCGCGCUCUUGCUACAUUUCUGGGAUGGCAUGUGCAGCAACCUGGGCUUCUAA